CAUAUUUUCAGAGCAUAUUUUGCUUAUCAUUUCUCCAUUCAAUUCUAGAAGUAAAUAAAAAUUUAUUGAUUAAUAUUUUAUUGUUAAUGCUUUGGUUGCAGAAAAAUAUAGUAAUUUACUUAAAUAGUGUCAAUAAAUAAUUAGUUGCUUUCUGCUUUUACUAACUGGCAUAUCGACAACAAAUACCGAUUAUGAAUUCCAAAACAAUUCCAUUUUUCUAAUUUUUGUAUUUUGACUAAAACUUAUUUGGCUAUGAGUUUUGUUGUAUCAGAUUAUUCAUUAGGAAGACAGAGAUGUAGACAAUGGGCGUCUCUUAUUACGCAGCAGUUGCGUUUAAGACAUGUCGAUCAAGUAUAUGUAUACAACCUCCAGUCGGACAAAAAGUCGAGUUUUUAUUUUACCCUCCAUAGAUCUAAUACUAGUGCCUCUUUCUAUACCAGUGAGAAAGUACUGGGAAGGUAUCCAAAGUGGAAGGAGUUAUUAUUUAAAAACUUAGAAACAAACUAUGCAUGCAUUGUUAUUAAGAUAUGGAAAAGUAAUAAAAACGAAGAUGAAAUAAUUAUUACUUGGGGUGUACAUUUUUCCGGCCUGGUAUAUCUAGGUAGCAAGAUUGCAGAUUUGCAUCCGAGGCAUUUUAAAGAAAACACUGUGAUAUUUUUUAUGCAGGGCGGUUUUUUUACUAGUCAGAAUUAUAUAAAAACUGACCUGGACAAAGUUGUACCAUUUUAUAAGUAUUUAAAUCUGAUAGAGAAAGAUAAUAAUGAAUUAGUUCUGUAUAAACGUAUAGCCAUUAAAGCUCCGAAGGGUGAGGUACAAAGUACAUAUACUCUAGAUAAAUUAAGGCAGUUACAAGAACUGCAAAGACUUAUUAAGAAUAAAAAAAUUGAUGUAGAAAAUGUGAUAAGUAAGAUAAAAGCAACAGAAAAUGAGCAAAUUGCUGAGUCAGGUGCAUCCAGUCAUAGUAAUAUUUCUUUUGGGCAUCAGUUACUCACAAUGAACUCUUUAAAUAAAAUGCUUCAUGGUAAACCUACACGAAGUGAAAGAGAAAAAAUGACUAAACUAAGUAGAGAGAUUGAAGUAGCCAAAUUUAGAAUUAGACUUUUAACUGAGGAAAGAGAUAAGAAAAAGGCUCGUGUGGAGCAACUGAAAAAGGAAGAAAGUCGUUUGUGUGAUGAAAAUGAUGAUAGAAAUUCUAGGCUAAUGUCUUUUUACCACUCCUUAAACAGAGACAUGGAAAGGUUAAAAGAAUAUAACUACAGUUUUCUACAUCAUAAAGAGCAUCUAAUGUAUAUCACGAGGCAGCUUUAUUUCAGACAGAAACAGCUUUUAAAAGAGCUUCUUUUUAUCUAUCCUAUUGAAAAAAUUCCAAAUGAAAAUAAAUAUACAAUGUUAGGGAUAUAUUUGCCAAAUUCAGAAUUGUUAACUGAUUGCUCUGAUCCAGGAGUUUCUGUAGUAUUAGGCUACAUCUGCCAUAUAUUAAUAAUGUGUUCCAUUUUCUUUCAAGUUCCUCUUAGAUACCCCAUGAAGCACUUGGGAUCAAGAUCAGUGAUUUAUGACCAAGUUUCAUCUUUGUUACCUGAUAAGGAAAGAGAAUUUCAGCUGUAUGCUAAAGGAAAAGACAAAGCCCACUUUGGAUAUGCCGUGUUUUUGCUGAAUAAAAAUUUAAGUCAAUUAAGGUGGUACUUUUAUCACUGGUAUACGCUAGAUUUAAAGGAAACCUUAAAGCACUUGUACCAUUUUUUAAUAGGUUUGGAGUCUGGUGAAGUUAGAUAUGGUACGCCAGUUUUAGAAGAUUCCUUUCAGAAGUCCCACACAGCAUCAUCUAAAGCAGUAAACAUAAAAUGUCCGUCAGACAGUUCCGUAGGUACCCCAGCUGGAAACAAUACUGAAAGGCCUAUGGACAGCUUUGUUUCUUUGGACAAGCUGGUUAGUCUGUCGUUAUCUAGUACAUCAAGUUCUAAUAUAAAUGAUCCUCUCUUAGACAGCAUCUACCAAGAAAUCAAAAAAGUCAAGCUUGUAAGUGAGAGCCCUGCAAGCAAAAGCCCUUCUAGAAGAAUAAGUUUGUUUAAAAACUCUCAUGCUCAUUCAAGUAGGAGAAAUUCUUCGAAAGGCUCAAGUGAAGUUCUUGCCCUGCCAGAAGCCUAUCUCAACAAACAGAUCAGUAAAGACUUAUUUGAUAGGUGCGCUUCUGGAAGGUACAAGUUCUCUGACAAGCAGGCCAAUAUUGGAAAUGCUGAAAACUAUUUCAAUAGAAUAAAGGUCAGAUCUGGAAUAGAGGAGCAUCAGGCAAACACUGACAUCACUAAUUCUGAAGCUAGUGAUGUAAUUGAAGAAGGCACUGAUCCACUGGAUCCUUCCACAAAUCUGGAUUCCAUAAUAACAAAGUCCAUAACGAUCAGGCCAGAAUCUGCCUGCAGUCAGAACAUCAAGUUUUCUCUGCAAAAUAAGCGUAUAAGUAGAUCGGCGGGAUCGUACGUAGAUGACGAGGUCAACAGUUUUUUAAGCGAUCCGCUAAUAAACGUCAGCUGUGAUAAAGCCAUCGGUAAUGGUAGCGCACCCAUAAAUACGAUUUCUGUUGAACAACAGAAUUUGUUAGAAGAAUGGCUUUCAAAUGAAAGCAAUCUACUUCAAGUAAGCAGCGAGAUAUCAGGCGGCGCACUACGUGCCUCGCUCCAAGAUCUAUCGUCCCCUCUGACAGCCAGAACUGACAGAUUGAUGUCCGCAAAUCAGUCGUUUAACUUGGUCAAACACAGAAACGAGUAAAAUAUUAUUAGCGUCCUUUAAAUUAAGUAGGCUGGGUUUACCAAAAAUCCAGAUAUGAAACUCUCUGGAAGUAAGAUAUUUAUUUAUACAGAUUUUUGGUUUAUUAUUAUUCAAGGUUUUUAAAAGUUUUGUGUAUUAUUAUAAACGUUCUUUCUUAUAAGUUAUAUGGAAUAUGAAUAUUCGGAAACUUUUAAAACUUUGCUUUAUCCUCCGUAAAUGUAACAUUUGUACAUAAAGAAUAUUUAUUUUUUU